AGAAAUUUUUUGCCCUCCAUUCCCAAAUUUCCCAAUUCUGCAAUUUCCUAAACCCUAGAAAUCAUUUUCGACGUCGAUUCUCCUCUCUUCUGAGAAGAUGGCGACAAUCAGCUUAAGGAAGGGCAACACAAGGCUUCCACCAGAGGUGAACAGAGUUCUCUACGUCCGAAACCUUCCGUUCAACAUCACCAGCGAGGAAAUGUACGAUAUAUUCGGGAAAUACGGUGCCAUCCGGCAGAUUCGAAUCGGCACGAACAAGGAUACUCGCGGCACCGCUUUCGUUGUUUAUGAAGAUAUCUAUGAUGCUAAAACCGCCGUCGACCACUUGUCUGGCUUCAAUGUCGCCAACAAAUACCUCAUCGUUCUCUACUAUCAGCAAGCUAAGAUGAGCAAGAAGUUUGAUCAGAAGAAGAAAGAAGAAGAGAUUAUUAAGUUGCAAGAGAAGUAUGGGGUUGGUCUGGCCGCUAAAGAUAAGUAGAUAGCCGAAUUAGCUUUUCUUCCUUUUAAUUUAGGGUUUUUACGGAAUUGAUGUACUUUUUUUUGGGGAG